AUUAUUUGAUUUCAACUUUACAACCCUCUGCAACGAGUUGUCUCAAGGACAACCGCCGGCCCCCUCGCACCAUGACAACUUUGACUAAACAAUUUGCCACCAUUCAACAUUCAUUUGUUUUGAGUUUUAGGGGCAACCAUGCAGUAUUCUUGGCUGCCACAGGAACGUCGCCAAAUUAUCAUACGAGAAAAGCCACCAGUGAUUAUAUCUCAAAAGCGUUUUUCUCGCAUCCAAUCGAAUGCCACACAAGCCACGAAAUUAGAGCAACAAUUGCGAAAUGAGCAGCGUAGUCAAUAUGAAGAGCAGCUGCGUUUGGGUGGCGAGGAGUUGCUACGUCAAUUUGGCGGACGCAAACUGUGCAUCACCGAGGAGGAAGAAUGUGUCAGGGAAUUAUCGCAGCAGCAGAAGCAUAAAGAGGAGGCCGCUCGACAGUCCUUGGAAGAUAGUAAAGCAUCACGAGAGGAGGAACAGCGUCGGCAACGAGAACGCAUAGCCAAGGCGCAACAAUUGUUGGAGCAACUGCGUCCAGGUCCCCGCGAAUUGCAGUGUGCCCGCUUGCAGAGUGAAGUUUUGGGCAGCAUCAAUGCGCAGCGGGAAGUCCAAAUGGAAUUUGCCAAGGCCAAGCAGCUGGCAAAUGAACGGGAUAAAUGCAUCUUUCAGGAGCAAGUUAUAAAUGGCAUCAAAGAGGCACAGAAAAAUCGCUCCGAACGCUGCCAACAGUUGGGUGAGCACAAGAGGGAGCUAUUAAAGGCCAUUGCCGAGCGGGAGAAGGAGCGUAAGUUGGCAAAAGCUGACGAAAUGGCAACAGCCCGCCAGGAGCGAGAGAGAAAUCAGCAACAACUCAAAGAGCAUUUGACCAAGAUGAAAGAAACUCAAACGGCCAAGCGUCAUCAGAGGCGAGAGGAGGCCCUGGCUUCACUAGCAAUGUCAGAGCAGGUGCAACAACGACUCCAAAUGUUGGAUGAGGUAGAGGAUACUCAAUGCGAGGUGCAUAAUCAGGCGAAGGGUCAUUUGGAGCAACUAAAACGAGAUCAUGCUCGUAAUCGCAUACAACAACGUCUACGCCGAAACGACCAAUUAGCCCAGAAUCUUGCACCACGUCUUCACUACAGUGCUGGCCAGGAUCAUGCCCGCUAUGAACGGCAAUUAGAGGAAAUGCGGAAAGCUCGCAGUGCCGAGCAGGCCAAACGCCAGCAGCAACGUCAAGAGGCUAAAACUCAACGUCUAAACAUCCAGAAGCAGGAAAAAGAACUGGUCAAGGCCAGCAAGCAGCAGGCUGCUCAAGAACGACAACAAGCCAUUGAGCUGCGUCUCAAGAACGAUCUCAUUCAGGUCCAAUUCAAGCGGGAGCAACACCAGGAGCACCUGCGUCGUAUGCACGAAUUGCGGCAACAACUGGAUAAACAGGUGCAACAACGCCACGAGGAAGAGACCCGGCCUGGUCGCAAUUACAAUCGUGAGGCUCAGCUGGAGUGCCUGCGUGAGGAUGUCUUUUUCUUUGACUAUGCCCGCCAGCUGAUGGAUGAGGCCCAGGCCAAAGGACAUCCCCUCAAACCCUUCAUACGCGCCGUGGGCCAAUACAAAAACGAUAAUCGCAUAGGAGCUGGCAUCAGGAUACCACCGCAUCUUGUCACAAGACUUACAAUGGGCAGGCGCACAGAGGGCGACAGUCAGGCAGAGAAACAACCAUCCGAAACAGAUGACAAGGAGAAAACGAUGUCCCAAGAGGAAGCCGAACAUAAGAAGAAAAUUACCGAGAAUCUAAAGAAAAUUGAAGAUUUCAUAUUGGCCGAGGCCAAGUUGAAAGAAAAGAAAUAA